AUGGAGCUUAAUCUUUGUUUGUACUGUGAAAAGAGAGUUGCAGACGAUAAUAUGGCGUUCUGCUCAAUUUCAUGUCAAUCAAACGAGGCCAGCAAAUCCUAUGGACCAUCAAUUGCUUUCAACAAUAAUAAAAUGCAAUCACCAAUAAUUAGGACAAGUAGUAAAGGACAGAUGCCGUACCAAAUGUCUUAUCAUAGACGACCCUCACUCUCUUAUUCGACAACUACAUCAACGAAUGAUGGUAGAAAGAAGGAUUCAAUGCAUCCGACCAGCUUAUCCUCCUCUUUAUCAACAAACCGACCGCCUUUCUUUCUAAUGCAAUCUAUAUCAACGUCAUCAUCUUUUUCUUCUUCUCUAUCUGAUGUAUCCGUUUUCUCAACAUCGUGUUCAUGCGAAGAUAAAGCAGGAAAUAUUUGUCCUCCCUACCACAUCACACGUACUACACAUAAUAUCGCAUCUUAA